AAUCUACCGAAACAGCCUCCCUGUAGCCUCGUACUAAUGGUGGCUUCGCAUCGAGCACCACAGAUCGUCGCGUAAUUCGAUCGCACAUCAACUAUCAGCGGGGUCGCGAUUCACAGCAGAGAUACAAAAGUUCUGAAACAUGCCUCUCGUCCUUAUCUCAGGAUAUCCGUCCGCGGGGAAGACUACACGAGCCCUCCAGCUCAAGGAAUACUGCGAGUCCAAGAUCGCCAGUACCGGUGCCGAUGCCCGCGCCAGCCGACUGAAGGUGCACCUCAUCAACGAUCAGACGCUGGGUGUCUCGCGUGCUGUCUAUCACACUGCCAGAGCCGAGAAGGAUGCGCGUGCGGAGGAAUAUUCUGCCGUAAAGCGAGUGCUCUCGCGCGAUGACAUUGUCAUCGCCGAUGGUCUGAACUACAUCAAGGGCUUCCGCUACCAGCUGUACUGCGAAGCAAAGGCUGUAUCGACGCCCAGCUGUGUGGUGCACAUAGGAACACCCGCCGACAAAUGUCGUGAGAUCAACACAGCGCUCCUGGCGGACAAGGACAAAGAUGGAGGGUACGAAGAGGAAGACUUCGAGAACCUGAUCUUCAGGUACGAGGAGCCGAACGGCAUGACACGGUGGGACAGCCCUCUGUUCAUCGUGGUGCAAGAAGAUGAAACUGCCUGGUGCGACCAGGUCUGGGACGCCCUCGUAGGCAGUGACGGGAAGGCUAAGGUUGUCAGACCUCACCAGGCGACAGUGCUGAAACCUGCGACUGAGCAGAAUUACCUUUACGAGCUCGACAAGACCACGUCUGACAUCGUCACCCAGAUAACGACAUAUCAAAAGGACCAUGCAGGGGAGGGAGGGGGACAGAUAACGGUCCAAGACGUUGAGAGGCCUCUGGAGCUACCGGCGACGCCCAUGACCCUACCACAGCUGCAGCGCAUACGCCGCCAGUUCAUCACCAUGAAUCGAUCACACAGCUUCUCGAAAGCGCGAAUAAGGGAAGUCUUUGUCGACUUCCUCAACAGCGAGUUCCUGCGCUAGAGCAGCGGCGACUCUCACGAGAUUAUGCUCAAACCGGCCCUUCUCACUGCACACGUCCGCUCAGAUGCAUGGAGCUGUGGAUCCCGGACAGAUUCUUCCACUCCACCG